AGCACGUCUAGUCUUGACUGCAACAUAGUUACAACGGUUGCACGUCUGUUCGGUACAAUGUAAAUGUACUGCGUUAACCACAAACUUACACAUAACAUAUACUUAUGUUAAAGAAAGUGAGUUUGUAGAUUAAGUUAUUGGUACAGCGAAUAAAAUGGAAAGUUAUUUGACAGUAAAUUAAAAGAGUUUGACUUUAGAAGUUACGGAAGAUUGCGCAAUCAGUAAGAUUGGAAGUAAUACGUUGCAACGUGUAAUUGCAAGUUGUGAGAUUUACGUGUAAUUGCAAGUUGUGAGAUUUACGUGUAAUUGCAAGUUGUGAGAUUUACGUGUAAUUGCAAGUUGUGAGCUAUUUAGAUACAAUGACAUCACCACCAGUUUAUUUCUGAAGUGCCUCAAGAUGUUCAGUGUGCUGGCAACUAAGAUGAAACUCAAAGUUUUCAACUUCAAGUCUACUGGACCAGGGGGAAAAAAAGAGUUUUUUGUAAUUUUAUUUUAUAUAUAUAUAUUUAAUUAUUAGUAUUCGUUCAUGUAAAUCCUUUAUGUAGCCUACUUUUUAGAUAACCAUUUUAUUAUUACAUUACCAGUGCUGGGUAACAUGUAAUCUGGAUUACGUAAUCAGAUUACAAAACCAAAUUCUUGUAAUUAGAUUAAAUUACAUUUUAAAAUACUUGUAAUCAGAUUACAUCAACUUUUUGUGUAUUACAUAAUUACAUAUUAAUCAGGCAAAGGCAGUAAAUUGUUUAUUAUUUAUUUAUCCCUCUAAUUCUUCUUCUUCAAUAGUUUACAUGUUUCAUUGUAAAUCAGCCUACAGCUGAUGUAAAUUCGAUAAGUCUUCACAUUUUUUCAAAUGGAGGGGGUCGGUAGUGUUAUUGCACAUACAGACCUGAUAUUAGCCACCAGCCAUAAUUACACUGAAAAUGGAGCGGUAACCACACAAACUGUAAAUGCACAACAGAUUAGUGCAGUAAAGUUGUUUAGUUUCAUGAAUUGCUUUUGUACUCGCUGUUAUAAAAUUUACAUGAAUGCGCUUUUGCAACAACUUUUGUGACAUCGAUUCACACAUAUAACUGAUCUGAUCUGUUGUCAUUUGUAAUGACAAAAUUUCCAGAGUACAAACAUUUUAAGUGCUUUUUUUAUUUCACUUAGAAACAGACAAAGAAAAUAUCAUAUUUUGAUCCAUUAAGUACAUUUUUUACUUUACAUUUAAGCACCAUUGUCAAAAUGGUACAAUCUUAUCCUACUCAAAUGCAUGUGACAUCAAAUAAACAAGAAUUAGGUCAAAAGUAAUCCAAAAGCAAUCAGAUUAGAUUACCUAAAAAAGGUGUUGAUUCCUAUUUUAGUCAUGUAAUUUGUAAUCAGUACCAGAUUACAAUUAAAAAGUAAUCUACCCAGCACUGUCCAUUACAAAACACCUCUAAUAAUAAAUAAAUGGAUAAAUGAAUAAAUCAUUGCAUUAAACACUAACGGUUCAAGGAACGAAAACCGAAAACGAAUGAAAGUUUUAGCAGAACGUAACCGAAAACCGGAACAAAGUGAUUUUCAAUUGUUCCGGAGUGAAAACGUUAUUUUUAAAUGCUGGAAAGCGGUUAUAACUGGUUAAUUUUGUUACGAUAAUUUUUUCAUGAAACCAAAUGCCAAAGGGUUUAUCACAGUAAAUUUCUGGAACUACAUCACUUAAUGUUCCCCGAAAAAAUGAAAUGUGCUUUGAUCCUGAAGGAAACUUCUGCAUCACACAUUCUUUGCCUAAUUGCCUGUUGUGGAUGUCGCAUUCUGUGAAUGAAGAGCUUUUUAACAACUAUGUAUAAUUACUACAUAUACAUGCAUGGCUAAUCCAGGUAAAAUGAAAACAUUAUUAGAGGUAAAAAGUACAUUUCUCAGUUGUUUCCAAGUCUUCACUGAUUUAUUGUUAGAUAUGAUGCAUUAAUACAGAUUGGAUGCCGCUGGGUUUUGACUCAGAAACAGAUCUGUAAAUAAAAUUAUACUUAACUUUUAAUUAACUUCUUGUUAUGAUUUCUAUGCUGAAAAAUCCACCACACUGGGGGAAAAAAACCCUGCUUAUUUUGGUGAGGUAAGUGGCUUAUUUUGGGCUUGUUUUUCCAGACAAUGUUGCUUGUUUGUCUUGCGAGAUCUGGGAACACUGCAAUUUGGUAUUUCACCCACCCCUUAGCACAGAUUACUGUCAUUUUUAAAAGAAUGUUAUUAACCGUUCUUUUAUUUUGUUCCUAACUGGUAACCUUUUGGAAAGGAGGCUGCAGAACUUCUGAACCGGAAUGAAAAAAAUACAGUUUUUGCUCAGAACAAACCGAAAUGCAGAACAUUUUGUUUUUAGUCCCUGCUUAUUUAAAAUUCAGCAUCACUUUUAAUACUUGUGUGGUAAUUGAUUUGUAAUAUUAGUAUGUAACAUUUUAGUGCUCUCUGCAAAAGGACCCUAAACCCAUCAGCAUGGCAUCAGAGUCCAGUCUUAUGGAGAACCUACAGGACCAUCAUCUGGAGGGUGAAGGGCAGCAUCGCAACCCUUCAGAGGUGAAGAUGAGCCAGAUAGUGCUGCCCUGCCAUGCAAACAACUGCAGGGAACUGAGCAUUGGACAGCUGCUCAAAUGGAUGGACUGCACAGCAUGUCUGUCCGCUGAGAGACAUGCUGGAUGCCCCUGUGUAACAGCAUCUGUUGAUGACAUCUACUUCGAGCACACCAUUGGUGUUGGACAAGUAGUCAACAUCAAAGCCAAAGUCAACAGAGCCUUCAACUCAAGCAUGGAGGUGGGGAUAGAGGUCAGCUGUGAGGACCUGCAUAGUGGCCGACAUUGGAGAGUCUGUCAGGCUUUUGCCACAUUUGUUGCCAGACGCACAGGGACAAACAAGGUGCAGCUUAAGCAGGUAGUUCCCUGCACACACAGAGAGCAGGUGGAGCACAGUUUAGCAGCUGAGAGGAGAAGAAUGAGACUCAUUCACCAUGACAUCAUGCAGGACUUGCUCAAUAACAAGACCUUCCAAAGAAGUAUCAGUGAGGGAGGGAUUGUUUAUGUGCCAGGGGCAGAGAGCCGUGAUGAAUUGGCGGCUGUUUCGACAGAAAGAACUCGAGUGGAGAGUGUUGAGCUGGUACUUCCUCCCCAUGCCAAUCAUCAGGUCAACACAUUCGGAGGCCAAAUUAUGGCCUGGAUGGAAAAUGUCGCUAAUAUCGCAGCCAGCCGUUUAUGUAAUGCUCAUCCCACCCUGCGGACCAUAGACAUGUUUUACUUUAGAGGCCCCUCCCAGGUUGGAGAUCGCUUGAUUCUGAAAGCCAUUGUCAACAACACAUUCAAGAACAGUAUGGAGGUAGGCGUAUGUGCUGAAGCCUAUCAAGGAGAGGAACCUCUGAGGCACAUUAACAGUGCCUUUAUGACGUUUGAGGUGCUAGACGAGAAUGGAAGGCCACGCCCACUGCCCCCUAUAAAACCUGAACCUCAGGAGGGGAGGAGGAGAUACCAGGAGGCUCUUGCCAGGAAGAAGAUUCGGCUUGAUAGGAAGUACAUCAUCUCGUGUAAGCAGACCGAGGUGCCGCUGUCCGUCCCCUGGGACCCCAGUAACCAGGUGUAUCUGAGCUACAACAAUGUGUCUGCUCUAAAGAUGCUUGCAGCCAAAAACAGUUGGGUCCUCAGCUCAAAGAAGAACCUUGUGAGUCUGUAUACAGUGGAGGAGAGUCAGAGUCUGUGUUUCAGGGUGGAGUCUGAGGUGGAUGUGCCAGCACACAGAGCCUUCACCCUCGUCUCAGAUCUCAGCCGCAGACACGAGUGGGACCAACACUAUACUCUUUGUGAGUUACUGAUCAGGGUCAAUGAGGAUGAUUGCAUCUAUCGAGUUGUCACUCCCUCAGUUGGUGAAGGAGGAAAAGUUCAGGACUUCAUUUUAUUAGCUUCUAGAAGACUGCCCUGUGAAAGGAUCCAUAUGUUAUUGCCCUACAAUCAGUCACCCUACCUACCCACCCGCCUACAGAGGAGUUCAACAGGGGUGAGGUGGUCUGUGCUGGGUUCAUCAUUUAUGAGGUGUCAAAAAGUGUCUCGAAGAUUUCUUACUAUAAUCAGGCUGGUCCAGGAGUACUGCCAUACAUCUCCACUGACAUCGCAGGCCUCUCGUCCAGUUUCUACUCAACAUUCUGUGCAUGUAGCCAGUACCUGAUGGAGAACCGAGUCACUUCUCCUCUACUUGCCUCUGCUACAUUAUAACCUCCUGUUGUUGGUCUGAACACAUCGUGAUCUGCUACAACUGAUGUUUUUACCUUAUAUGUAAAUGCAUGCUUUUAAAAAAUCCAAAAUUCAUAAAUGUAACAUUAUCCAUAUUGUACUGUUAACAGUUUUGGGAUAGGAAAUACAUUUUUGUGUUUGGACAGUUAUGUAGGAUUUAAAAAAUGAAUGGGAAUGUAAAACAUUUAAAAAUGAAUGUGUUUAGCGAUUAUGUGCAAACAUUGCAAUUUAACGUUCAAACUGUUUAGGGGCAUUUUUGUACUGUAUGUUU